GGCGGCUCGCCGUGCAGCAGGGGGCGGGCCGGGGGCAGGCUGCCAUGGGAGAGAGCAUGUCCAAGCGACUGAAGCUGCAGCUGGGGGGCGAGGCGGAGAUGGAGGAGCGGGCGUUCAGCAACCCCUACCCGGACUACCAGCUCCACGGAGCCGCCGCCGCCACCUCCUCGAGCCCAAGCGAGGCCGCGGAGACCCAGCGGGACCCGGCGCCCUCCCCGGUCGGGGAAGAGCCUGAGUCCCUCCCCUUCGGCCCGGACGGGAAGGGAGCAGUGCCCCCCCAGCCCCCCUUAAGUCUUCCAGAACUGUUUGGGACCCUUCUUCUGCUCCUGCAGGAGCUCUAUGGAGGCAUAGCCCUUUUAUACCUACAACUAUACCGCGUCACAAAAGACCAGAAGUACUUGCAGCGAUCCCUGGAUUAUGUGAAGAGAAUACUUCGUAAUCUGAAUGGACGAAGGGUUACUUUUCUCUGUGGUGAUGCUGGACCCCUGGCAGUAGGGGCAGUAGUGUACCACAAACUAAAGAUUGACAGUGAGUCUAAGGAGUGCAUCACAAAGCUUUUGCAGCUCCAGAGAACGAUCAUAAGCACAGACUCUGAACUUCCAGAUGAGCUUCUUUAUGGCAGAGCAGGUUACCUCUAUGCUUUGCUCUAUUUGAAUACAGAAAUUGGUCCAGACGCUGUACCUCAGUCUGUUAUCAAAGAGGUGGUAGAUGCCAUUAUUGAAUCGGGUAAAAACUUCUCAAAGGAGGAGCGCAAGACUGAACGCUGCCCUCUGUUGUACCAAUGGCACAGGAAGCAGUACAUUGGAGCAGCCCAUGGCGUGGCUGGGAUCUAUUAUAUGCUAAUGCAGCCAGUUUCAAAUGUGGAUCAGGAGACCCUGACGGAGCUGGUGAAACCGAGCAUUGACUAUGUACGUCAUAAAAAAUUCAGAUCUGGGAACUAUCCAUCAUCAUUAAGCAAUGAAACGGAUAGACUAGUCCACUGGUGCCAUGGUGCACCGGGAGUCAUCCACGUGCUAAUGCAAGCUUAUAAGAGCUUUAAAGAGGAUAAAUAUUUGAAGGAUGCCAUGGACUGCAGUGAUGUCAUCUGGCAGAGAGGUUUGCUGAGGAAAGGGUAUGGAAUCUGCCAUGGGACCGCUGGCAAUGGCUACUCCUUCUUAUCUCUCUAUCACCUAACUGAGGACAAAAAGUAUCUCUACCGGGCUUGCAAGUUUGCAGAGUGGUGUUUAGAGUAUGGUGCACAUGGAUGUCGUAUUCCUGACCGACCCUACUCUCUAUUUGAAGGCAUGGCGGGAGCUAUUCAUUUCCUAUCGGACAUAUUGGUACCAGAGACUUCCCAGUUUCCAGCAUUUGAACUUGGACCUCAAAGGAGAGAAAACAAAGUGGAACAGGACAGCUAAGAGAUCUGC